AUGGGUCUCCUCGAUCUUCCACCGGAGAUUCUUGAUCUGAUCAUCGACCGUACAGCUCCGGGUGGUCUUCAAAACUUUGUCCUUUCGUGCAAGACGGUGUAUCAGCGAUCCGCAUCUCAGAUUAGGCAACACAACGCCUUGAAAAAGGCAUGGAGUCAUACAACCAAUAUGAGUCCAUCACGUCGUGGAGAUACACUGGCGGUCUUGCACGAGAUCGCACGGGAACCCAUCAUUGCAGAGUACAUUGAAACUCUUUUUCUGUGGGACCGCCGCGCAGAUGACGAAGUCAGAGAGGAUACCGGAGCGUACGACUUUCGAAAUGAUGACAAGGCCAUGGAAGAAAUCAAAGACCUGCUACGUAGUGCAGAGCACUAUGCGAAUGCUGAGGAGGAAGAGUGGUGGGCCCACAUCCUAGAAGAAGACAAGGCUGGUGAUCAAUCCGACAUGGACAAGCUGUAUGCGACAGUGGCUUUGUUGAGUCUACUGCCGAACCUCAAAACACUGCAGUUGCCCGACAGAUGGCACGAGGUCCGGGAUGGCGAGAGCGCCGAGGCUCUAGUUCCUAACGUGCAAUCUCUUGUUACCAUGUCCAAUGCUGAACGGCAUCGACAAAAGCCCCUGGCUCAACUGGAGACGAUAUUGCCGUUUGUGGAGGAAGGGUACGACGUUAGGGUUGGUUUACAAUGCCUCGCACCUUUUCUGGCGUUACAGAGCAUCAAAAAUCUAUAUGCCGUUAGCUGUGUGGCUGUUGAUGAGGAUUGGGGAGGCGUCCCCUUCAACUGGCUCAACCCAAACACCAAGUCGCCGUUGACCCGGGUCGAGUUUGCGUGUUGCUGCAUGGAUGCUACUGGUCUUUCGGCUUUCCUGUCAAAUGUACCGGCUCUCAGGGUAUUUAGAUACUCACACCAAACGAAAUGGGAUGGCCUCGAGCAUGAUUGGAAUGCUGGCGAGGUGCUAGAAACACUUGCCAAUUACUGCGGCAACACUCUGGUCGACAUCGCUCUCACCAUCGACGAGUUACAUGGUGAAGUCAUAAACGGUCUAUCUUCGUUCCUACGGUUUAGCAAACUAGAAAAGUUGGAAGUCGAUGUUGAAUGUUUCUGUGGCCCGCCACUAGAAAGCGGACAGCGGCAAGGACGUGAAGCACGGAUUCCGCCCGGCGCAACUGCAUGGGGCCAUAUCGAUAUUCCGUGUGUGGGCGAUAUGCUUCCAGAGAGUAUGCGGGAGCUUCAUGUCAACACCAACUACCCAGAGCCUUCGGAAGCUGCUCUCCAUGCGCUCUUCAAGAACAUAGUGGAUAGGCGCAAAGAUAAGUUGAGAAGGCUGCACAAGGCCGUCAUCCGGCAAUACCGAUCAUCGAGUGCAAUUCAUGUUGCCGAAAAUCACGCGGUCACACUCGAGGUGUUCGAUGAGGGUGUUGAAAACCCGAGGCCAAGGUCCAUGAUGCCGCAGUGGAAAAGAGAGUUUGACAGCCGCGUAGGUGGAAUCGUCUUUGCAGAUGCAUGA